ACCACAGACACACUUGGGUGUUGGGGAGCAAGGCUGCAGGACUGGGGAGGACCCAGUACAUGGGGGACCGCCGGCGAAGUCUGUCCCACAGCCACCACAGCUCGGAGGCCGAAGGUGGGCCCGACUGGGGACGGGACGAUGAUGCCCUCGGCGUGCAGGGCACAGUGUUCAGGAGUCCAGGGACCAAGGACACCACGUGCCUGGAUGACGAGGAGCUGAGUUUUGAAGACCGAGAAGCGGAGACCCUCCCAGAGGAGGUGACUGGGGGAGAACCGCCUGGCCCCCGGGCCCCCGAGGAGGCCCUCGAGCCGCUGGAGAGGGUUCUGGAGAAAGAUGCCGAGGGCAUACCUGAGAUGAGCCGGCUGUCCAUCAGCCAGAGGCUCCCCAGUGCUGCCUCAGCCAGAGGGAUGAGGAGGAGGAGGAAGCGGGUCUUUGAGCUGGCAAAGCCCAAGACCAACUGGCAAGUCCUAAAAGACAGGCCUUCUGUGUACUGGACAGAGAGGUUUCUUGAAGACACCACCCUCACUGUCACGGUGCCAGCGGUGACGCGCCGAGUGGAGGAGCUAGCUCGACCUAAAAGGUUCUACUCGGAGUAUUUCAACAACAACAGGAGCACCUCCGUCUGGCCCGUUCCUCGCCCUACUCUGGAAUACCAAGCUUCUAGUCGCCUGAGGGAACUGGCCACCCCGAGGGUCCGGAAUAACAUUUGGAACAUAAACAUGUCUGAGGUGUCCCAAGUAUCCAAGGCAGCCCAGAUGGCCAUCCCCAGCACAAGGAUCCUACGGCUGGCAAAGCCCAGGGCCCCAGCCACCCUGUUGGAAGAGUGGGACCCCAUGCCAAAACCCAAGCCGCAUGUGUCAGACUACAAUCGCCUCCUUCACUUGGCCAUGCCCAAGGCCCAGUCGGACCAGUGUGUUCCUGACCGAGAUCCACGCUGGGAGGUGUUGGACGUCACCAAGAAGGCAGUGGCCAGUCCUCGGAUCAUCUCCCUGGCCAAGCCCAAAGUGCGCAAAGACCUCAAUGAGGGCUAUGACCCCUACCACAUUUCCCCCGCGUCUCUGGUGGCUCAGGCAUCCCCUCGCUUGUACGAGCUGGCCACCCCCAAGAGCAUCACCAAAAGAGUGUGAGCGACCCAGGCCUGGCCUCUGAGAUCCCAUUCCCAGUAAACACCCAACUGCACCCUAACCUUGUGUGUCGUCGGCUCUGAGUGUUUUGGCCCGAAGGCGGGAGGGCAGGCUGGUGGCCACAUCGAGGACAAGGAGGAAAAUGAUAAUGUUCAUGCUUACAUUCAGCCUGGGAUUUGUACGGCCCUGUUAUCUUCCAGAUCGCGCUCUCCUGCCCUCUGCGCUUCUCAGGUGCCCACUUCCUUCCCUCGUUCCCUCUGAGUCUCCUGGGUGUCCCCAUGCACCUCAAACUCAGUGACCCUAUAAUAAAAUCAGCUGAGGCCUA